AAGUAUUUUUCAAGCAGGAUAACGUGAUAUAUCUGCAUGCAUACAUUUUGCUGAUAACCUGUCAACUGUGAACUUUGAACAAUACACAAUAAAAUAUACCACGUCAUUAUUUAUACAGAUGCAUGAUAUUUUGAAUGUAAGAAUUUUGAAGAAACAGACGUAAGAUUCGAGCAAUGGCACCAGGAAGAACUAAUUUUAUCAAUAGCAAUCAGCUCAGAAACUCUUCCAGCUUUUCGUCCAAUAUGCCAGGACCACACUCACCUUUUCAAACUAUUGGGACAGCUAUUCCACCUCCAUUGCCACCUCGUCAACCUGUUCAAAACUACUUAGGAUAUAGUGAUUACAGACCAUAUGGUUCAAGUUAUUAUGGAAAUUAUGGAUAUGGUAGUGGUUAUAGAGGUUAUAAUGGAUAUAGCUCUUUUGGAAGUUAUAUUCCUUAUUCUAGUAAUAGUUAUGGACAAUUUGGAGGACCCAGUGGUGAUGUGGAAAACAGAUUUCAACAGUACGCAGAAGAAAGUACGAGAUCGACUUUCCGCGUAGUUGAAACAGUAUUACAUACAUUUUCCUCUAUCACAAUGUUAUUGGAAUCGACAUAUUUUGCCUUGACAAAUUCCUUCAGAGCGAUUUUAAGCGUGGCAGAUAAUAUUGGCAAACUACGUUCGACGCUUGGGCAGCUACUGAGCACAUUUGCUUUAAUCCGAGUCAUGAAAUGGGUUUAUAGAAAAAUUUUAUUUAUGCUUGGUCUUCGAAAUACGCAGAAUGUUAUAACUGAAGAUUUGUGGCAACAAUCAAUAUCACAAACAACAAACGGAGAACGUACAGUAACGGCGAAUGGACAUAUUUCUUCAUGGAUAAAUAUUUUGUUUCUGGGUAUAUUUGUGGCUAUUCCAUAUUUAAUUCACAAAAUAUCAAAUAGUAUAAAGCAGACUGAAAUAAAAGUUAAUGAUCCAAAGGAAUGGGUCAAGUGCGAGGAUUCUGUAUGCGUGGCGACUGCAAUGUACGAUUUCACGGCAAUAUCUAAUGAAGAAUUGAGUCUCAAAACCGGUCAAAAAAUAUGGUUGGCGCCACGGUCUCUACAAUCAAAAAGUAUGCCAGGUUGGUGGAUAGCCACUGACAAUAGAAAUGUCGGUUUAGUGCCUGCCAACUAUGUAACUAUAGUAGGCCAAUUGAAGAAAAAGUCAGAAUUAGAAAGUAAUGGAAAUACUACCACGUCUGCGCUAACUCCAACUUCCGUACAAAAUGUAACAGCUUCUAAUGAACAGGCAGAAACGACACGUGUAAAUAUGCUGGAACCUAACACCAGUCAACAAAGUACUGAUUUUUCUGAGACUAAUAUUAAAAAUGACUUGAUUUAGUUCGCACAUAUUUGGGAGAUUUAUUUUAAUUUAAAUCUAUCAAUUUUCAUAGUCAGAGUUUGUUACACGAUCUUAAAUAUAUAUGUGGCCUAUAUCUUCAUAAAAAGAACAUGACUGAUAUUCUUAAAAAUAUAAUAUAUAUGUGUGUGUAUCAAACAUCUCAUAUAUUGAUUGGGUAUAUAAGGUGAGCUGUAUUUCAAUGAAAGGAAAGAAGAAUCUUGUAGAAGUCCAUUUAUUGAGACUUGUAAUAAGAAUGUUUUUAUUGAAGAUUUUAUUGUGUGUAAAAUAAGAAUAUCAGAGGCUUCACUAUUUUUUAAUUUAUGAUAAUAUUAUAUUUAACACUAAGUUACAGUAGAAAAAAGUUUUGUAAUAUGUAUGGGUUUAUUUAAAGACAUUAAAAUUCGUUCAAUAUUUAAUUAAAGAAAAAAAAACAAGGAACAAAUAGGAUUUAUAUUAUAAAUAUAAACAUAAACGACUUAAUAUUUGUAGCCAAUUUUGAGAAUGCAACAUAUUUAAAU